AGACGUAAUGUAUUCAUUGUAACAAAAGAAGAUAUAAAGUUUUAUUGAGGAUUGGAAUUAAUUAUCGCCUCACAAGAGAGAGAGAGGGAGAGAGAGAAAGAAAGAGCUAUAAAGAGAGUGAAAAACAGAGGCGUAGAGUGAAAAGCUAUUGAUUUUGUUCGGUGACAAGUAUAUACUGUCACGUACAGGUAGUUUUACCAUAAAUUCCAUUAUUUUAUUCUAUACAAUAGACAAUACAAGAUAUUAUCUAGACUAUAGAAAAUAUAUAUAAAUAAUGAAUUAGGCAAAAUAUUCUUCUUUUGCUGUUUUAUUUAAAGAUCCUAACUAGCUUUUAAUGACUACUGUACGUCAGCAGAAGAGAGAGAAUAGUGCCUUCUUACAAUUUUACGCGUAUGGUAGAGAUUAUGAUUAAUACAAUUUAUAAUAAAAUAUUUCCUUAAUCUGUAAUUAUUGCCUACGAAACUGUUUCAUUAACGUAUCCUUUCUGCACAUCUACCCCUCGUGGUAUACAAGGGUAAAUGUGAGUGUAUUUGUAGACCUCUAUUUAUAAACCUGCUCUCUAUUAUUAAUACUCUGUUCUUUUUCGUUGUAUUAUCGCUAUAAGCUGAUGAAUAAGUGCAUCAACGAAAUCAUGUGUAGUUAUUUUGAUAUUGAUAUGUAGUUAAAGACUAAAUUCCGUAUCAUUUUAUAAUAUCCCGCCAAAAAACACCAUGUUAUGCAACCUUGACCUUGAUUGUGGGACUUAAGGGUUAACUGGAAUCGAUAAGAUAUUUGUUUCAUCUACAGCAACAUAUCUCGCAGCUUACCUGGGAAAUUGAUAAAUUUUUAGUGAUUUUUGAAAUUUAAACUACCGCAUCAAGAUGUCUUCUAUGUGGCAUUCGUUAACGAAUAAAGAGCUUAGGGACGCAGGAUUCGACGAUCAGAAAAUAAUAGAACAUGCAGUUUGUCAAUCUACAACUUCCUUAGAAGGUAAAGUCACAAUUGUAACUGGGGGAAAUUCAGGUAUUGGAAAAGAAAGUGUUCGCGAUUUUGUUAGGAGAGGAGCAAAAGUAAUUUUAGCUUGCAGAAAUUUAGAACGGGGCAAUGAUGCAAAGACUGCUAUUGAACAAGAUACGGGAAUAUAUGGCAAGAUAAAAACGAUGCAACUUGAUUUAUCAUCAAUGAAAAGUGUAAGAAAGUUUGCUGAUGAAUACAAACAAGAGGAAGAAAGAUUAGAUAUUUUGUUAAAUAAUGCUGGUAUGAUGAAACCAACAUCGAAAAGCACUCAAGACGGCUUUGAAACUAUAAUGGCGACCAAUCACUUAGGUCAUUUCCUCUUAACCAAUCUAUUAAUGGAAUUGCUAAUAAAGUGUGCCCCAAGUCGUAUUGUGAACGUAUCUUCAACAGCUCAUUAUUCAGGAACUGAUAUGAUGUUUAACGACUUCCACGUUAAAAGAGGAUGUUGUAGACCCAGCACUUACUUCUUGUAUAGUAGAAGUAAAGCUGCGAAUGUUAUGUUCACAAGAGAAUUACACAGAAGAUUUUCAGAAUCUGGAGUUACAUCGUAUUCAUGUCAUCCGGGCAUAGUAAAAACUAAUUUAACCAGUACCAUAUCCUGCGGUGAUGAUUGUUGUUUUUUAUUCUUCACAAAAUGUUUAUUAAAUCCGGAUCGUAUUAGUUACGUUAAAACUGCUACUCAGGGUGCUCAGACUCCGAUCUACUGCUGUGUUCAAUCCGGUAUAGAGUCAGAAUCAGGAUCUUAUUUCAUGGAAUGCAAGCCAAGAAAAGCUGCAAAGUAUUGCCAAAAUGAUAGAGUUUGCAAUGAAUUGUGGAACAUAAGCAGUGAAAUUGUUGGCCUUAAUAGUUAUUAAUUAAUAAUUACUUGUAUACUGUAUAGUACAAAUUGAUUAUGUUAACUUUAAAAUGCCUUAAACGUUCUUUUUUCAGUUUUGAACUAACUAAUUCUUUAGUUUCUCUCAUAUGAACGAUUCUUUUAAUUAUGCUUGUUGAAAUUCAUAACGAUUGCUACUAAUUGAAAGACCAAACAAAUAAAUGUCCGACGUAUUUAAACUGCGUUGCAAAUUUGUAAAUGUAUUUUAAUACAAAAGAACUCAUUUUAUAUCUUGGCUUUUAGAGGUGAUAUGGAUAAUCGAUUAACGGAUAUAUAAACUUACUUAGGUUUCUUUGGUUAUAUUUACAAAUAAUGCUUUAUAUAAAAUAACCCUCACAAAUCUUUUUAUUACUUUUCAAAAUGCAACUUACAGAACUGCACUGCCUCAUACACACACGACUGAUAUCUUCUUAAAGAUGAACUUUCGAGAACAGUAUACGUGGAGUAUCAAAAAAAAAAAAUCUUCAAUAUGAAGCGCUCCAAACCUAAUCGAGUCAUAUUUUAAAAGAAAACAGAAAACAACAACUGAGACGUGCUUAUUACAGAUGCUUCACAAACGAAUUGUGACAGGACUUUUGAGGAAGAACAUAAUCUGCUAUCAUAAACUGGUUCGAAACUGUAAACGCUGGUGAGUUCAUAGGUUGAGGCAGGGGUUGGCGACCAAUGCUUAUCGCCGCCGCUGGUAUAGAUCCAGGAUUGAUAGGAACAGAACUCGUUAUUUCCGAAACAGCAUUUCCAUCCGGUGGUGGUGCUGGGAUAAGGUUACAUAAAAUCUGCUGUUCUGCAGAAGAAUUCUGGGUUGUCCAGUAUUGUUCGGUAGGACUUGUAUUGGUUGUAUGAGGUGGAGCGGCAACAGCUUGGCCAGUGUACCUAAAAUAUGGGUUCUUCAAGUCCAGAGUGUUGCUAGCCACCAUUGCACCAUUUGGAGCCAUUAACUCCAAAUCAACGUCAUAGCUUUGUCUCUUAUUAGCUGAUAAAAUAACUCUUCCUGCCAAUGAAUCUCCACUUUUCAGAAAUAUUGGUUGAGGAAUCAAGCAUCUGACCUGAUACCAAUGUGUUAGUGGUUCCGAUGGAGCAGUCGAUAGCCAAACAGGACCUUCUUGCUCUGCCUUACUUCCAGAAAAGGCCACAUCGAACCAAAAGGCUAAACCAUGACAUGUUCCAGAUUGGUUUAUCGUAAAAGAAACAGGAAUAUCAAUAUGAUGUAAAUCCUCUUCUUCUGUAUUCCCAAAAUUAACAGUGUGUUUGAAGGACUUAGCUAGGCAAAUUCUCGGAUCGAAUGUGUCAACUAUGGGUUGACAAAAAUAUUCUGACAAUGCUGCUUGCUGCAAACUCGACAGAUUUACUCCGUGAAAGCUUGUCUGACACCAAAAGUUAGCCUUGCUAAAUUGCUCAGAGUAGAGAGCAUCAUCCAUAAAAGGCGCUAUGUGCAAAUGUGCUUCCGAUGGAAACAUUCGUCCUCCGCUCUUUAACCAUUUCUUCGCGUGCAAGAAUGUUUCCAACAUACGUUCGUUAAACAACAUGUAGCCCAUAGGCUCCGAGAUAAUAAUAUCAACACUUUCUGGUAAUUCUAUUUCUUCUAUCUUUCCAGAGAGAACAGUUAUUUUAUCGCUCUGGUUAUUAUUUUUAACCAAUUCUCUACAAUGUUGGGCCAUAGACGAUGCCUCGACGGCAUAAACUUUCCUAGCACCAGCUUGUACUGCAAAAAAUGAUAAAAUUCCAGAUCCUGCUCCUACAUCCAAAACAACCUUUCCCAUAAAAUCUUCAUUACUAUUUAGCAUUGCCUUUUGAUAGGUACUUGUUCGUAUAAAAUCUUGCAUCAUAUUUUGUUGUUGUGCUAAGUAUCCGUAAAACUGAAAAUAUUGGCUCGCAGAAGUUUCUUCAGUUCGAAGUUUGAACACCGAAUUAGUUUUCUGAGAAAUAGCUCGUUUCACAUUGUCAUAAAACGAUAUUAAAUCUGUUGAGAUAUUAAAAGUGUAACCAAUAUAAUACAUGUAUCAUACAUUAAAUUAAAAUCGUAGACAAUUUCACAAGGAAUGACAUUCUAACUUUAGAAUGUCCGAAUCAAUUAGCUAUUUUUUAUUCACCUAACCCGUUUCAAAUUUAAUCGAUGAGCAAUUAAAUUAUUCGCUACAUAAUUUAUAAAAAAAAAAUGUUAAGAAAGUUACUUUUAUUAUAAAAUAAAGAAAUAAUUACUGUUAAAAAUAUUCAUUGUGACUUCCACACUCACUCAGCUAAAAAUACAUGAUUGACUCACGGUUGUUUUACUAAUAAGUAGCUCAAAUAACUAACUAACAUUUCAUAGAAUAAUAUCUUGCCAAGUCUGGCAUUAGGCUUCUAAACUGAAUUUGAAUAGCAAGUAAAGUGGGUAUGCUUGUCUUGAUAUGCCUGAUAAAUUUUAGCCUUUAAAAUUUAACGUUUCCGCCUGGUGGCUCUUUACUAAACUAACAGCUACGGAGAUUUUGAUACCUCUUUAUUACAAAGUGCACUACUUUCAGAGCCUGUUGAUAGAUUCUCUUAAAGUUUAUCAAUACUAACCAUUUUCAGCUUGAAACUUCAGGCUUAUGCCUUUCUCUUCAAAACUUACAACUGCCGAAUUUUUGCCAAUUUUGCAUAUUUCUGUGGUUUUGUCGAUAAACCCAAUUUCUGCUGGAUCUCCAGUACCUGAAAUAAUUUUCGAAGGAUCUAUUAAAAAAUUAGACAUUUGUUGAUUGAUUCAUUCCCUUUACAAAAAAACACAUUUUUAUUAGUCUCUGUAAAUGAUUUGAGUCUUUAUAUCUCUUUUAUAGCAAAUAAGGUUCAACAUUUGGACCUGAUGAUAAAGUUAGAGCAAUCUAUUAUUUCACGUUUGGAAGAGAAUUAUCGUGGCUUCAAUAACUUGAUAUUUUAAGAAUAUUUUAUGAAUCUGAUUGUUAAUUCAAUUAAUCACAAGUAUAAUAAAUAUUAUAUCUACCACUAAUUUAUAUUUGAAGAACUGAGUUUUUUUUGUAUGCUCAAUUUUGCUCAAGAACUCAAUUAAUUAAUAUCUCUGGGACUCUGUAUUUCCAAAGCUCAGCUCUGUAUUAUUAAAAUACACAGAAUUUCGAAUUAAAGAACUUUCAGAAAUUUUCAAUAUAUUCUUCCAUUCGCUAAAAAUGUUUGACAUGUCAGAUUGAGUGUGAUUGCAUCUGAAUCGAAUUAAAAACGCUGAAUACGUCGGUACAACGACCAGCAGUCAACGUUUAUUCAAACACUAUGUGUGUUGUGCUUAAACCAAGAGUCAAUUAUCAUUCGCUUCAUUUUCUUUUAGGACGAGUCUAUUUUUUUUUUAAAUUUUCCAUUUAAUAAGUCUCUUAUUAUAAAAAAAGAUAGUAAAGAUAUCAUUACUCAAUCAUAUUCUAGGAAAAGAAAAUUUAUGAAUAGUUUUAAAAAAACCGGUCAUGCGUUUACUUUCACCAAAAACGUUUUUAUUUUUUGAUAAAUUUCUAAUAAACUAACCAUUUUUAGCAAACACUCUAAAGCCAGUCGAACUUUCCUGUAACAGUAUAUUAACUGCGACAGGCAAGGAUGCAGAUACUGAUUCUCUUUCUUCUAAACUGGUCAACAAAACGCCUUCAUAGAGCUUCUUGUCUUUAGUCGCCAUUUUUAUCGCACUUGAAAAUGAGACUGUCCCGCUUAAAAACUGGUAUUUGUCUGAUUUAAUUUAUACAUUUUUCCUCACUGAAAUCCAUACGUUUUUUAUUCUUAUUUAAUCAAUGCACCAAAAAAAAUAAUAAAUUGGAUAUAGAGAAGAGUUAUCUUCG